AUGUCACCAAAACGUCAUGUUACACAUUCAAUCCCACAAGCUCGGAAGGAACUGCGCUUCGCCACACCAGGCUGUAUGGUCCCUGUAGAUUAUAAGCCAGGGACUACAUUAGGAGAACAAGAAAUUAAUCUUUCCGAUGAAAGGACUGGGAUUGAGCUCCCCAUAAUCCUUCCGCCCCCAACGCGGGUCGGCCCUAGACAAAAGAAGUCCGCUCCUGCAUGCAGCGCCGAAAUUGCCGUUUCGUUUGACUACUGGAGAGGGGUGGGGCUCGGCGAUAAGCAGGCCCCAAACGGCGGGUUGCGCUGCUACAGCUCGUGUAUUGGCGUUUUUCUGCUGACGCACAGCCACGAUGCCCGCAAUCCUUUCGGCGCUGUGGUAUUCGAAUCGGGGAGAAGCUCACCGGCCCAUGCUCGUCAAAAAUAUAGGAAGAUUAGGCAGCCAGCGACAAACUGUAUAAUACACAAGAUUAUGGGCGUCUCGUCUGGUCACAACAGUUCUCCUUUCCUGCAACAUACGGUACGAUCCGUGUGCCAAGCCAACUGUGCAAAGUCGAGUAAGGACAGCACGCGCGCGCGCAAGAUGUUUUACCAAACAAGUUGGAGCAGAAUGGUGGCAGUGGCAUCGCUGUGCCUCUUGACGAUUGCCAACGCCAAAUACGUCAGCUACCCACGGCCGUCAAUCUACACCAAAUCGGCGCACUUUUCUCUCAAGGUCAACGGGACAUAUGUAAACACAACCAACUAUGCCGGCUACGAUUACGUCCACAUCUCCAUGGACCAGGGUUACAGGACCGAGUUCCGCAUCGCCAUCACGGACCAACCCGCAAUCACAUCGUACACCAUCUCCCCGCAGCGGCUGCCAAUCCAGGCCCGGGUAGAGGGCAAGGAGCUCAUAUUCUCGCUCGUAAAGGCGCACUACCUGAUCGUCAGGCUAAAUGACUCCAAGAACACCAAGGGCUUCGUGGUCAUGAUCGACCCCAUCGAGGAGAACGUGCCGCAGCCGCGCGGGAACGGCAUCUACAACGUUCUCGACCACAAGGCCGACGACACCGGGGCCUCCCUCAACACAGGCAUCCAAUCGGCGCUCGACGCAGCCGGCGCACGCCCCGGCAGCAUCGUCUACGUACCGCCGGGCCUCUACCUGACGGGCAACCUGGUGCUGCCCAGCCGCACGUCGCUCUACCUUGCGGGCGGCGCGGUGCUCCGCUUCACGGGCGUCAUGGCGGACUACAAGAUGAUGUACAAAAAGUCGGACCUGUUCCCCGGAACCUGGUGGAUCACGACGGAGGCGGGCUCCGUCGACGUCAAGGUGUACGGGCGCGGCACCAUCGACGGCAACGGCGAAAAGACGCGCGACAACAAGUUCAUGGCCAGCAUGCUCGUGCCGUCGGGCACGACCAACUUCCGGGUGGACGGCGUGCUGGUGCGCGACAGCUCCUUCUGGGGGGUGGUGGCCGUCCAGUCCGAGGGCGUCUACAUGGUGAACCUCAAGGUGCUGAACCGCUUCGGCAUCACGCAGAACGACGGCGUCGACGUGUGCGAGUCGACGCGCGUCACGGUCCGGCGGUCCAUCGCCGUGGCCAAGGACGACAGCUUCUCGACCAAGACGUGGCCCGAGGACACGGGCACCACCGUCCCGUACCCCUACGCCCCGCGGCCGCUGGCCGACGUCGUGUUCGAGGACUGCCUGGCCUGGACCGAGUGCUUCGGCUACAAGGUCGGCGAGGGCGUGUGGCAGCGCCAGAGCAACGUGACCUUUCGCGACAGCGUCGUGCACCGGGCCGGCGUGGGCCUCGGCGUGCACCACAAGUUUGGCACCGCCGCCGCCGACUCGGUGACCUUUGACAACAUCGACAUUGAGAACCUGGGCGGCUCGCCCGGCGGGUUCGCGUCGUGGCUGAUUGCUUACGUCAACAAUGUCAACUCGGGCGUCGGUCCCAUCACGCGCCUGGUCGUCAGCAACAUUCGCGCGCGCAAGCAGGGCGGCAGGGAUGGGUAUCUGCAAGGCAACGGGACGUCCUCCAUGGUCAGCGACGUCACGUUCCGCAACGUCUACAUGGGCGACAGCAAGACGCCUGCCAAGUCGCUCAAGGAGAUGAACAUUCUGCGGACGGCUUUCUCUGAGAAGAUCAAGAUUUCCAACUCUUGAGGAUUGGGCACAUGGGCGGCUGACCAUGAUCAUGACAAGCUUGGGGUAUCAGUAGAGCUGCAGGUGUGGUUUACGAGCUUAUCAGCGAGGUACCAACCAAGUAAUGAUAUAAAGUCCAAAUUAC